UCAGUCGCGAAUGGAUCGCCCGCUUAAGGUUCGUCGUCGCUCGAAACGUUGUUGCUAGUAAUUUAAAUCACACACACCGAAAGAGAGGUUCGCGAAAUGCCUGCUGAUGGCGACGUCGAGAUCGGAGGUCGACCGACGGCCCCGGAAAGAACAGUAGCAACGGUUCCGGAAAUCACCUUAGACUCGGUCGAAGAACCAAAUCGAGCCAGCCUAUAUCCUGCCUUGGAACUAGAGGAUGAAAAGAUUACGAAUAGCUCGAGUGUGGUUCACGCGACCACUUCUGCCGACGACGAUAACGCUGCAUCGACCCCAGAUGCCUUCGCUGGUAGUCACACUCCUACGGUGUCGUUUCGAAAGCGGCCAGUUUCCUUUGGGGCCAACUCCAAAGCUCCGGUGAUACAGCGGGCUGUUUCCCAUCCUGCCUCUAUUGGCGGUCACUCGAUGCGAUCUCAUGGGUCAACAUCUGCAGCAGAUCACAUGAUACCUCCUCCCUCGACACCGGAGGAGAAGUCUAAGUUUACCCGUCGCUAUCUGGCGGUAGUGACGGCCAUUAGCUACACACUGUUUCUUAUAGUGUUCGCCCUAAUCGUCUUCAUAACAGAUGCUGUUGAAAACAACGCACGCUAUCCGCUGGCGGAGGUGUUCGGAUUGUACAUGGUUUCCGUUGGGAUGGUGUAUUUUGUGUUUUUGUACAUUGAUAUCCGGAUGCACAUAAGGCGGACCAAGAGGGCUCUUGCAGAGCUUGAACGACGACAGCAAUCCUAUGACGACAUGAUGUCUAGGACGGCCGCACAGUUCAACAACGGACCACUGGCUUUGAAUCCUAAUGCUCCUCAGAAAAAUGUUGCCCACGAUUGGGACCUACCGAAACUGGAGCCCAUUCCACACAAUUAUUGCUUUGUGAGCGGAAGACACGGAGAGUUCAUUUACUUGAAAUUGGGUGCCACCUGGUUUUGCUUCGGAUUGCUGAUUCACUCGAUUCUGUUGCUCUCCUAUCAGGGAAUUCUCAUGAACAGUACCGACGGAAAGUGGUCGGAAUGUGCUUCGAAUUCUAUUAUCGCACUGGAAGUAUUGUUUCUGUGCUAUUGUCUAUUUUUGGUGUUCUUUUUUUGGAAGUACGCCAAUGUUGUCAUCAACCAUUACCGGGGGUUGGCACGAUUCGGAAUGAUGCACGCAAUUGGAACCGCCCUUGCUUUUUGGAUUUUCACCAUCGUCCGUGAGACUCAUCUAGCGAUUCGAUUGAAAGAGGCUUCGUCUAAUUCUGGCAAAGUCGGAGGCGAUGAUAUCGAUCCCGUUGGUUUAGCAUUACUAAUUUGUCCCGGACCGGAGGAUCUUAACACUGUUCUGACCACGUUCUCACCGUAUCUGUACCCGUUCGUCAUCGAGUUUAACAUUCUGAUUGUUGGACUGCUGUACAUGAUAUAUGCGAAUAUUAAUCGCUGUCCGAAGAAACUGUCUGUGAAAGGACAUGCCGGACACGGUGGCUCAAUAGAUGGCCAUGCUGAUAGUGACAGUGUUUGUUCCGACGUUCAAGAUAGGCCACCCGAGCAUGAGAUUGUGGUGAAGGAACGAAUGAUCGUUUAUGGAGAUUGUCAUGCCGCAAGCCGCGGUCUAUUUGCUGGACUCAUACUGGUAGUGAUUACUGUCGUCAUCAUUAUCCUAUUUCAUAUCGCAGCCAGAGAUGAUGAUUAUCGUGACGUCGGAAUACUGAUAGACUCCAUCUACGAAAUUACGAUGCUUGCAGUCAUGACCAUCGCGGUGAUUCUGGGCUACUUUCAAACCACCAAAUUGGACAUUAACCAGCAUCCGAUUUCACGGCUAGACGACGUGCUACUUUUUAUCGCUAUUCCGGCUUUCUUUUCCGAGACCUUUUUCAGUAUGAUACCUGCGUUCGAGAACCAAUCCAUCCUGAAUGGGUUCAUUAUUUUCACACAGUUGCUGCAAAUACUGAUACAAACUCCCUGGAUCAUUGACGGCUUACGACGGUGCUCCAAUUCACUGGAACUACAAAAGCAUAAACCAGGACGAGAACUGGUAACCUUUUUAACCAUUGCCAAUGUAGCGAAUUGGCUAUACCUGUCAUUUUCGGUCAAAACGGGUGACUUCGGCGACGAGAGAUAUACAUUCUAUGGAGACGUGUUGUGGUCUAUUUUGAACCACUUAUCGUUACCCCUCAUCAUGUUCUACCGCUUCCAUGCGUCCGUUUGCUUGGUGGAUAUUUGGAGACACUCGUAUGAGCCUGGAGAGUUUGCCCACUGAUUUCGGCCUGGUGUACAAGAUUAGCGAAGCAACCACUACUCAGGGUGCUCGAAUGAUAUUAGUAUUUCAGCUGGAUAGAAGUAAAUAGGGGCGGAUAAAAUAAGCUAAACGUUACUGAUAAGGUGACCAUCUUCGUGCCUAUGUACUGAUAAAUGUAAGUGAUUCAGCAUGUGAUACGCUAGCAGACAAUAACCAUAAGGUAAAUCAAUAUCCAUCGCCUGGUGCCGAAUGAGUUGAUAUAGGAAUUACGUCAAAUUCACUUGGCGCUACCACGGGCGGCGGGAAUCGGAUUGUGAUUUAUGCUGAGUGGAUUACCUAUUUCCGUAGUAUAAUACGAGUUCAGUAGGUGGCACUUCUGAAAUAAAUAACUUGUUUACCGAA